AUGGGAUUCAAACAAUUAUCCCAAAGCGGUGUCACGGAUUCACCCACGUCCAGUGAUAAACAAUAUAUUGCUAAAUAUUUAGCUGAUAAAAUGGCGAGAAAACUAUACUUACAACGCUCAGAUAGUCAAGUAACCAAUUCGCCAAAAUAUUGGACGAAUAAAGAUUCAGGGAGAACAGACAGUCAGACGGCAAAUACCUCCAAACGUUGGAGAGAGUCUAGUAAACAAGAUGAAGCAGAGUCAACUGUGAAUGAGUCAAUGAAAUUAGAUAAGUCCACAACGUCAAUUGCCGAGAAUAGAGAUGGUCAAACGGCGAGUUCUUCUAAAUAUUGGACGAAUAAAGAUUCGGAGACGGCAAAUACUUCUGAACAUUGGAAAGAGUCUGAUUCCAAAGAUAAACCAGAGUCAACGGUGAAUGAGUCAAUGGAAUUCGAUAAGUCCACAAUGUCUAAAACGUCAAUUGGCGAGAAAAGAGAUGGACCAGCGGCGAAUUCUUCCAAAUAUUGGACGAAUGCACAAACUCCCAGAAUUUCUGAGUCUGGACUAAGGCGAAAGUUGUCGACGACUUCUUUGCCUGAGGACGAGAAAGAUGGUUCCAAUAAUGAAGUUGAUGCAAAGGGAAUGAAUAAAAAGAAGGCGCAAUUUCGUACCGAACAAUCGCUCCUAACGUUUCAUCCACACAAGAAUGACAGUAUGUCAGAAAUCCUACAACAGUUGGACGAUGUGUCUGAUUCGAUUCGAUUCGAAAGCGAUGCGAGAACCUUGCUGCAGUCUGUGGAUGAAGAUAUUAGUAUCAGUGGUGAACACAGAACUCCGUCUAGACAGAUAUCACCAAAUCCGCCUAACCAUAGCCGGUCAUCAUUUAGCCGUUCAUCACCAGAGCGAAAUGGUGAUGUAUUCGCAGCGAGAGAUGAACAAGAGAAAUUACUGAAAUAA